GUAUGGUAAUAUUGCCAUAUACAGCAGCUAAAAAGGGUUGAUCUUGAUGUAGCAUUUAUUAGCUGUUUGUUUGGGGACAUGUUGUACCACACUGGGCAGUCUUUACUGACAGAUUAUUGGAAUACUUUGCCAAGUGCAAAAAACGGCAACGCCUGUUUCCAUUAAGAAGCCGCUGCCAGAGCAGUCUGGAAGGAAACCAAAUUCACCAUUGUGGAGGCAGCAGGUCCAGCCAUAGUGAUUCUUCACAUUUGCCGUAACAGCUAUUUGGAAAGCUCAUUAACUUCAGCCAGACUUGCCAGAUCCCGUCAUGGAUGUCACCUACUUCCUGCUACUGAGCUAUCUUGGUCUUGCCAUUAUUGCUCAAGCUCAAGAGUGUUCCAGACCUGUCGCAGGACCCAACAUGGAUUUGAAGGACAAAGACAUUCUUUUACAAACUUUCCCAAGUGGGACCACAGUGUCUUUUGCCUGUAAUGUUGGCUACGAGCCUGCUGGAGGGUCUGCGUUCAUUACUUGUACUGCUGGCACUUGGAGUCCUGUGAGGCUGAAAUGCCAGAGGAAGAACUGUGGUUCUGCUGGAGAAGUGGAAAAUGGACAUAUUGAUUACCCUAGUGGGACUGAGUAUGGCGAUGAAAGUGUGGUCAGUUGCAACACGGGUUACACAUUGGUUGGUAACAGUAAACUCCGUUGUGAAGCCCAAGGGUGGGUGGGCAGGUUGCCUGUAUGUGAAGUGGUGACUUGUGAUCCACCACCUAUGGUUGCAAAUGGUGCUUUCAGUCCAGAUAAAGAAAUCUAUGAGUAUAGAGAAGUUGUACGGUACACUUGUCAAAACGAUUUUACACUCAAUGGAUCAGUAUCAAUAGCAUGUUCAGAAGAUGGAACAUUUGUGCCUGGUCCUCCAAAAUGUACCAUGUUACAAUGUGAAGAUCCUAAUAUAGAAAAUGCUGACUGGGUUAGAGGUUCUCGCCCCCCUCAUCGUUACAAGGCUACGGUGACAUUCCGGUGCAGAUCUGGAUAUGUUAUGACUGGAGCGGAUACCCAGACAUGUGCGAUAAAUGGUCAGUGGUCACCUGGACUUCCAACAUGUAAACGGAUUAUAACCACAACUAUAGCUACUACCACGACCACCACACAUUCUCAUUCCACAAAGAAACCAACAGAGUCACAAUGUGAAGAUCCUAAUAUAGAAAAUGCUGACUGGGUUAGAGGUUCUCGCCCCCCUUAUCGUUACAAGGAUACGGUGACAUUCCAGUGCAGAUCUGGAUAUGUUAUGACUGGAGCGGAUACCCAGACAUGUGCGAUAAAUGGUCAGUGGUCACCUGGACUUCCAACAUGUAAACCUUCUAUUGUCCCAACUGUCCCACCUGACAAUAAGGGUAAUAACGUGGGUACGACGUUGGGUAUUGUUUUUGGAGUACUCAUCUUUUUUGGCCUCAUUGUCGGAGUCAUGCUAUUCAGGAAAAGAAAACGCUCUCGGAGGAGCAAUCCUGACAAGGUCGAUGCAAAAGAUGGAGAGGCAGUAGCACUCUCGUAAACAUCACAGUCCUGUUGCUCCAACAUUACUGGGUGUAACGAGGACUGGUUGAGAAGAGGAAUGUCACUGGACUCGUCUUUGAAUGUACUGGCUCGUAAAACCUUCUGAAAAUUUAUUUCUGAAAGUCAGGCUUGAGAUUUGAAAAUAUCAGCAAAUUGAGCUCAAUUCUUAGUUCAUGCUCUAAGUGAUUAGUUGACAAUAAUUUCCAUCUUUGAUAGGCUCAUAACUACUUUUUCCUAUUCUGCAUAAUUCAAUUCAGUGAUGUUUGGGAUGCCGUCCCUUUCCUUUACAAAAUCACAAGUUUUUCUAUUCUGAAAUUAUGAAGGAAUGAGAUUUAAUGUUUAUUAGAGACUCUUGAACACUGAUUUUAAACUUGCACUAUAGUACAGAGCACAGCUCAGCUUGGCCAAUAUAGCUCAAUUAAAGUGAUGGCUUAAAAUAAUCAAAAUCAGUAAAGAAUGUUUGUAUGGUUCAUCUUAAAUUCAGCUGGCUCCUAGCCGAUAAAUCAGUCCUCCAGGCUUAUAGAUUCAACUUCCACCAUUACAGAGAUAAUAGGAUCUGUAAAUCAGUCCCUGGCACAGUGCCUAAACAUAAUGCAUGUUCCAUAUGCCUUAAUGCAGAAAGCUAAGUGUUUUUAGCUUGUCAGUUGUUGUGUGUUUGCCUGUGAAUUGCAUAAAUGUUAACUCACUUGUUAGUUAAUGGAGGCUUAAUUGCGGGCCUACCUUAGCUUAAUGUUUCUGCUAAAUAAUUAUCCAUGUUCAAUAUUGGCACGUUGUUUUGUGCCCUGUAGCUUCACCAAAUUAAGUUAAUCAGUUUUCCAUGAGGUUUUUUUUUUUUCUUCUCCCUCCAAAUGAUUUGUUUGUAGAUAUCUCUCUUCCGGAGGGUAAGUUUCAGUUUAAUACCAGAAGAUGUAUACAUAAAGACUAUUAGGACACAGAUAUUGUGUCUGUGGUAACAAAGAUGUAUAGACUAUGAUCUCUGAAAAAAAUGUGCACUUGCCUGGCUUUUUAUUUAUUAAACUAAAAUUUGUCAGAAAAUCUC